UACAGGGCUGGGACAAAUAACAUAAGGCUAUUGCACAGUUCUUUCACUGUCAUAAAGCAUACAUCAGGUACAGAACCAGACAGAAAAAGCAGAGAAGGACUCCUCUAUUUUCUUUUAUCUCUGACUUCAUCAUGAAACGUUCAUUCCAUCUGUUGAUGUUCAUGUCAGUCCUGUCACUCUCCAGGACACAAGUAACAGAGUUUUUCACCACUGCCCUAGAAAUGACUACAGAAGCAACCACGGUCUUACCAGGAUCAUUCUACUCAUUCGGAUCAGCAGCAGGAGACUUACUAAAUCCUGCUGCUGAUGAUGGAAGCUCCUCUGUUAUUCCACUGUUGAGUCCAUUUCAGUAUUUUGGUCUCACAUACCAGCAGAUUUACGUUAAUAAUAAUGGAUUCCUCACAUUCAACCAGGCUUCUUCACAGUUUGCUCCCAACUCAUUUCCAGCUAAUGGAAGUCAAGAUGUAAUUGCUGGACUCUGGACCAACAUUGACAACAGUGCGAGAGGAGUCGUCUCUUAUAAUCAGUACACCAGUGGAAGUGUUCUCGCUAGUGCCACUCAGGAUAUAAACAAUUAUUUCCCAAAUCUGACCUUCACCGCUUCUUGGGUCUUUGUUGCAACGUGGGAUAAAGUCGCUUAUUUUAACUCGUACACAGAAACCUCCUUUCAAGUGGUUUUAAUUUCAGGCAGCGGUUAUUCUUUUAUUCUGAUGAAUUAUGGUGAUGUUGCUGCAACAGGAUAUCCUGUACAGGCUGGUUAUGAUACGGCCUACUCCACAGACUACUUUGUGAUUUCUGGAUCAGACAGCGGGAGCUCCAUCUCAGACCUCAAGACCUUCAGUAAUGUCAAUGUUCCAGGCAGAUAUGUCUUCAGGGUAGACACUGGAUCAAACACAAAUAAAAAUGAAAUUGUUGGACUUCAAGGGAAGCUUGCCUCAUUCCUAGACCUUACAGAUGAAGGAAACAAGCAGAUUGUUUUGCAGCAGAUCCAACAAGAGCUGGUGAAAAAGGGACUGCCAAGCAACAUGAAGUUAACCAUAAAAAAAGUAGAAAAGAUGCUGCCGUAACAAUAGGCCUCUUUCAUCCGUAAUAUAAGUCUCUUUCAGCUUAAUAUAAGUCUCUUUCAGCCGUACUAUGUCUCUUUCAGCUGUAUAAGUCUCUUUCAGCUGUAAUAUAAGUCUCUUUCAGCUGUAAUAUAAGUCUCUUUCAGCUGUAAUAUAAGUCUCUUUCAGCUGUAAUAUAAGUCUCUUUCAGCUGUAAUAUAAGUCUCUUUCAGCCGUAAUACAAGUCUCUUUCAGCCUAAUAUAAGUCUCUUUCAGUCGUAAUAUAAGUCUCUUUCAGCUGUAAUAUAAGUCUCUUUCAGCUGUAAUAUAAGUCUCUUUCAGCUGUAAUAUGUCUCUUUAAGCCAUAAUAAAAGUCUCUUUCAGCCUAAUUUAAGUCUCUUUCAGCCUAAUAUAAGUCUCUUUCAGUCGUAAUAUAAGUCUCUUUCAGCUGUAAUAUAAGUCUCUUUCAGCUGUAAUAUGUCUCUUUAAGCCAUAAUAAAAGUCUCUUUCAGCCUAA